AUGUCUACCACUGUUAAAACCAUCACUGUUUUGCCAGGUGACCAUGUUGGUACCGAAAUUUGUAGUGAGGCUGUCAAAGUUUUAAAGGCGAUCGAAGAACAUACCCCAUACCAAAAGAUUAAGUUUGAAUUUCUUAACCACUUAAUCGGUGGUGCUGCUAUUGAUGCCACCGGUGUCCCAUUACCAGAUGCUACUCUUGAAGCAGCAAAGAAAUCUGAUGCUGUUCUUCUUGGUGCUGUCGGUGGUCCAAAGUGGGGUACAGGUGAAGUUAGACCUGAACAAGGUCUUCUUAAGAUCAGAAAGGAAUUGAACCUUUACGCCAACUUGAGACCAUGCAACUUCGUUUCUGAAUCUCUUUUGGAGUUAUCCCCAUUAAAGACUGAAAUUGUCAGAGGUACCAACUUCACUGUUGUUCGUGAAUUGGUUGGUGGUAUUUAUUUUGGAGAAAGACAAGAACAAUCUGAAUCUACUGACGGUGAAUCAGCAUGGGAUACUGAAAAAUAUAGUGUUGCCGAAGUAACAAGAAUCACCAGAAUGGCUGCAUUCAUGGCUUUACAACAUAACCCUCCUUUACCUAUCUGGUCUUUGGAUAAAGCCAACGUCUUAGCUUCCUCAAGAUUAUGGAGAAAGACUGUUGAAAAGGUUAUCAAAGAAGAAUUCCCACAAUUGACCAUUCAGCAUCAACUUAUUGACUCCGCUGCUAUGAUUUUGGUUCAAUCACCAAAGAAAUUAAAUGGUAUCGUUAUUACAUCUAAUAUGUUCGGUGAUAUCAUUUCUGAUGAAGCUUCUGUUAUCCCAGGUUCUUUAGGUUUAUUACCUUCUGCUUCUUUGGCUUCUCUUCCAGAUUCUAACAAGGCAUUCGGUUUAUACGAACCAUGUCACGGCUCCGCUCCAGAUUUACCUGAGAACAAGGUGAACCCUGUAGCUACUAUCUUAUCUGUCGCUAUGAUGUUAAGGUUAUCCUUAGACUCUCUCAAAGAAGCUGAGGCAUUGGAGAAGGCAGUUGGCCAAGUCAUUGAUUCAGGUAUUAGAACUGCUGACUUAGGUGGAUCUAGUUCUACCAGAGAAGUUGGUGAAGCCAUAGUAGCUGCUGUUACAAAGAUUUUAACUCAAAACUAA